AUGCUGACCAUCGCCGCCGCCCGCGCCCACGGCCGCUCCGUGUUCGUGUCCCCCCACGACAAGCGGGCCGAGGCCGAGGCCGCGCGCCGCGCGCUGGCGCCGGCGGCCUAUGACUACAGGUCUGACCACCUGGCGCUGGUGGCGGCGUUUGCGGGGUGGGAGGCGGCGCGGCGCGGGGGCGGGCGGCGGGCGGCGGCGGAGUUCUCUGGGCGCAAUUUCCUCAGCGACCAGGCGAUGGACGCCAUCGCGGCCGGCCGCGCCGACUUUGCCCGCACCCUGGCGUCGCUGGGCUUCCUGCCAGAGUGGUAUGUACACGAGAUGCGCUCCGCGGGCGGCGGCAAGGGCGGCGGCGGCGCAGGCAGCAAGGCGGGCGGCGGUGUGGCGGAGGCGUAUGGGUUUAUGGCGGCGGCAACAGGGGGCCCCGACGAGUUCUCGGGCAACUCGCGGAUGAUCAAGGCGGCGCUCUGCGCGGGCUUCUACCCGUCCAUCCUGCGCGUGGAGGAGCCCAAGCGCUACGCCCAGGUGGAGGGCGGUGCCUUCAGGGUGGACGCCGACGCGCGCGAGGUCAAGCUGUUUGAGAGGCAGCUGGGGCGCGUGUUCGUGCACCCGGCGAGCGUGUGCUUUGCGGCGGGUGGCUACAAGACGGGCUGGGCGCUGUUCACCGAGAUGGUGCAGACCAGCAAGCGCUUCGUCCGCGAGGUCUCCAUGGUCGGACACUACGCCCUGCUGCUCUGCGCCGCGCGCCUCGAGGUGCUGCACGCCGCCGGCGAGGUGCUGCUCGACGGCUGGGCGCGCCUGCGGCUGCGGGCGCGCGGCGCGGUGCUGUUUGCGCGGCUGCGGCGCGCGGUGGACGCGGCGUUGGCCGCCAAGGUGGAGGACCCGGGGCUGGACCUGGGGGGGCACCCCGCGGUGGAGGCCAUGCUGGAGCUCAUCGCGCGCGACGGCGCGUGA